GGCGGUUUUCGGGCUCGGCGCGUCUGCGCAGUUGGUGUUAUUGUGACCGCCUCUCGGCGGCCCCGGAUGUUGUGGCUGCUCGGGGGGGAGAUGGCGGAGCCUACGGGGCUGACCGCGGCCCCGGACCCUGUGGCGGCGUCGGCUUUUAGGGGCCACCGAGCCCAGUCAGGUUCCUGGGAGCGCGACCAGCAAGUGGAGGCGGUGGAGCGGACCUUGGUGCAGGUGCUCGGCCCGUACGAGCCGCUGCUGAGCCGGCUGCAGGCGGCCCUGGUGUGGGAGCAGCCGGCCCGGAGCGCCCUGUGGUGCCUGGGACUGAACGCGGCUUUCUGGUUCUUCGUGCUGACCUCCCUCCGCCUUGUGUUUCUGCUUGCAUUUGGCUUGAUGAUCAUCGUCUGUAUCGAUCAGUGGAAGAACAAAAUCUGGCCUGAAAUAAAAGUGCCAAGACCCAACGCGUUGGACAAUGAGAGCUGGGGCUUUGUGCACCCUCGGUUGCUCAGCGUGCCCGAGCUCUGCCACCAUGUAGCUGAAGCCUGGGUUAGUGGGACCAUUUUCAUAAGGAAUCUUUUGCUUUUCAAAAAGCAAAACCCAGGCAAGUUCUGCCUGCUGAGCUGCGGGGCCCUCACCUUCCUGGCUGCCUUGGGCCGCUACAUCCCUGGGCUCCUGCUGUCCUACCUGAUGCUUGUCACGGUGCUGAUGUGGCCCCUCGCCAUGUACCACCGCCUGUGGGACCGAGCCUAUGUGCGGCUGAAGCCGGCUCUGCAGCGGCUGGACUUCAGUGUGCGCGGCUACAUGAUGUCCCGGCAGAGAGAGCAGCAGUCGCACCGCCGAGCUCUGCACCCAGAACGCGCAGGGGCCGACCGCAGCGACAGUGAGGAGGAGCUCGCCGCCUUCUGUCCUCAGCUGGACGAUUCCGCCGUGGCCAGGGAGCUGGCAAUCACAGACUCGGAGCACUCCGACGCUGAGGUCUCCUGCACGGAUAACGGCACCUUCAACCUCUCGAGGGGCCAGACUCCCCUGACAGAGGGCUCUGAAGACCUCGAUGGCCACAGCGACCCGGAGGAAUCCUUUGCCAGGGACCUUCCAGACUUCCCUUCCAUUAAUGUGGACCCUGCCAGCCUGGAUGACGAGGAGGACACCAGCAUCGGGAUGCCCAGCCUGGUGUACCGGUCCCCGCAGGUUCCCCGGGUGCCCGCGGCCAGCAGGGACGAGGCCACGCUGCCUGAGCUCCUGCUCAGCGCCCUGCCCGUAGGGUCCAACCUCACCAGCAACCUUGCCAGCCUGGUCUCGCAGGGUGUGAUCCACAUGGCCUUGUCGGGAGCCUCCCAGCCCGGCCCUGCCGGCCCCCCAGCCCGGAGAGCAGCCCGAGGCCUCCUGCGGGCACCUAGUUCCGACCUGGACACCGACGCCGAGGGCGAUGACUUUGAACUCCUGGACCAAUCGGAGCUGAAUCAGCUGGACCCUGCCAGCUCCAGGAGCCACUGAAGAGGCGGGCUUCUUUCCUGUCGGGGUCACUGUUAGGGCUUUUCUCCCCACGCUGCUGAUGCUGAUGGGGCAGCGGAAGAGCCCAGGUCCCAGUCCCUGAAUUACAUUUCCAGCAGGGUCCUGGCUGAGACACAGAGGCCUGUCCUGCUGCCCAGGGCACCGUUCCAUGUUUAGCCAUGAGGUGCGUGUGUUCCCCAGGGUGUCUCCAUCAGGACAGCCGGUGGGGACAGCAGUCGGGGUGCAGGUGCGGCUGUUUGCCUUGCAGCCUGCGUGCUCAGGGCCCUUGCUGAUGAAAGAGCCCGGCUACCCUUCCGCCGCAGGAGCCCCAGGCCGCCAGGCAGCAACAGCAGCAGGAGUUGUCCUGUCCUUCGAGAGACCCUGGUUUGAUGUUUCCAAAGCAAGCUUUCCCUUGGUUCUGCAGAGCAGGGCUGCGGCCCUGCUCGCCUGUCCGCAGGGCUCAAGGGCAGACCCCAGUGCCCCAGAAGCACCACUUGUGAAGCUCAGGUGAGGUGAGGACAGGUGUUCUCCACCUCACCUCGGCCUCAGCCAGCCAGGAGGUUGGGAGCCCUCUGCCUUGGGGUCCAUGGCCCCUCUGGGCUCUGUGGGGUCUCUGGUGCUGCUGACCCUGGCUCUGUUCCGCCCUUGGGCUGAGCAGUGAGCAAAGCAAUACUGUGCCCAUCCCUGUGCCUCCCUGGGCCGCCUCUGGAGAGGCAGGGUCCUCGGGGACAGCAGAGUAGCACUUUACAGAUGGCUGUGGCAGGCAUCCCAGGGCCACCAGCUGUUCUCACCCUGGUCAGGUCCCUCCUGCAAGAUGAGCCCACUAGCAGGACCGCAUCUGGAGAGACCCCUGGAGGGCAUCUGUCCCUCGGCCUCUGCUGAAAUCAUGCUCGACAAAGCCCCCAGAUGAUCAUUGGUUCUAAGCCUGGCCAGCCUCUCGCCUUGCCCCACCCUGCAAAGCUCAAGCCAGACCUCUCCCUCCUGUACCAUGCCCUGCUGAUCCUCAGGGACCACUUCCGGCCCACCCGACCUGGGCCAGGGAUGCUGGGCAGUGCCUAGCUUUGUGUGCUGCUGGUGGGGUGGGGUGCCUGUUGCCUGUGGCGAGUGGACAGGGUGCUCCCCGCAGGGAAGGGCUGUGUGUGUGAAGGCUCCUGCUGUAGGUUCUCUGACAGACUGAGCAGCACUGCUGGGACUCGAGGUGUCUCACAGGUGGGCUCUGAUGUACAGGUGGGCAGUGUGGAAAGGAGUAAGAUUUUGUUUGCAUGAGUGUAGCUUCAGGCCUCAGGAGGUGGCAAGAGAGGGAAGGAAGGAGAGCAAACCCAAGAAGGUCUUGUCCCCAGGGUCCCUUCUCUGAAUAUCCUUUCUCCUCCACUGUGAACGGGGUGGGCGGGUGGUGGUGGUGCUGCUGGGGAAUAAAUCUUGGUCGAGAAUCAUCUUUUAA